AAGCAGGGCAAUGCUGUUCGAUUGGACAUUGUCUGAGUUGGGUGUUCCAGAUAAAGGUAAAGUUUGUGUACAAUGUACAAAUUGUGAGGCAAGCAUCAAAUGUGAAGACUGUUUUGCAUUUUUGUGUCACAUUUGUGACCAAAUGCAACAUUUUCUCAUGCCUUUCCACCACAGAUUAUAUUGGAAAAAUGGCUUUUAUGAGCCAUUAGACCCGACACAAACUGUGUGCCCUGAAGGAAAUAUCUUUCACUGGAAACCUGUUGUACCAGCCCAACCACCAAAUUCUUGCCCCAACUGCACAGAUUGCAAGUUUAAAAUUUCAAGCUCCAGCAAUCUCUGCAUCUUCAUCACUAUAAUGGGAAGGUAUGACCUCUAUACUCCAAUCUAUACAUGCCACUGUGGAUAUGAGCAUCAACAACUAGGCAAGACCAUGCACAAGUCUGGUUUCUAUUCAUCAUUAGGAAAGAGCAGCACAUUCUACAGCACCAGUCUGCUUGAAUCAUGGCACCAUAUAAAAAGAAAUUGUCCUGGAACAUCAUUUCGGGCAUUAGUCACUGCACUGGAAUCCUUUGGUGCUUCUCGUGGGCGUAUUGGACCCAUUAAUUAUAUAACUUCGAAGAGAGUGUUCUUCGAAUGGGAUUCCAGCAAUAUGAGCUGA